ACUUCCGGGGACAGAGCAGGAAGUGGAGGCCUUUCCGGCUUGGGCGUGAAGAGCAUGGACCCCGCGGAGGCUUUCGGAGGCUUCAGACCUUGGCGGAGGCUUGUUACUCAGCAGUGGUAGUCCGAAGGAGGGCGCCGCUGAACCAGGACUUUCUAACAUGCUGUCUACAGAUGAAUUUCUGAGAUCGCCACCAAGGAAAACAGUCAGAUUUGGUGGAUCGUUGGCAGAAAUCCUGCUCAAAUAUGAAAAGGGAGAUACCAUUGAUUUUGAUUUGUUGAGGCAUCAGCUGUUGGAUCCUGACAUUAAAGAUGACCAGAUUAUUAACUGGUUGCAUGAAUUCAGGUCUUCUGUGACACAUUUGACCAAGGAUUUUGAACACCUGGUCACCAUCUUGUUGAAGGUGUCAUGGCUAAGAAGAAGCCCAGCUGUAGUGGAAGAAUACUUGGCUUUUCUAAGCAAUUUAGUGUCUGCUCAGACCAUCUACUUGAGGCCAUGUCUUGCGAUGAUUGUUUCACACUUCAUCCCACCUCGAAUAACCAUACAAGAAAACAAUGUGGACAUCUCUGAUUCAGAUGAUGAUGAAAAUGUACCUGCGAGUUUCGACAUCUGCCACAGAGCAUUGCAAACAAUUGUGAAAUAUGUCCCUUUAACACCACAAUUUCUCAUGCCUGUGCUUGUUGAAAAGUUUCCAUUUAUUAAUAAAUCGGAAAGAACUCUGCAAUGCUAUGUGCACAACAUACUACGAAUUAGCGGAUACAUCCCAGUGCUGAGAUAUGACAUUUUAGAGCUGGUUAUUGAAAGAGUAUUAAAGGUGGAUGUGAGUGCCCCAAGAAAAGAUAUUGAAGCUGCCGAAGAAGUUGAGAGUGAGGAGAAUGCCGAGAAAGGACUCUUUGAUUUGGAUGAAGAUGGAGAAGAUCCAGAGAAGAAUGACACAAUGGUUCAUCCAAUGGCAGAACGCUUGGACAUUCUAAUGAUCGUAUUAUUUUCAUAUGUUAAAGACGUCUGCCAUGUUAAUGGGAAGCUUGACAUUGGCAACACCAAGGAUUUGUAUCGGGAUCUGGUGGCUGUAUUUGAUAAACUGAUUUUACCAACCCAUGGUUCUUGUCAUGUGCAGUAUAUCAUGUUCUACCUCUCCAGCUUUAAACUGGGAAUUGCAGAAGCCUUUGUGGAACACCUCUGGAAAAAGCUUCAGGAUCCAAAUACUCCCACAGUCAUCAGGCAGUCGGCUGCAAACUACAUUGGGAGCUUUUUGGCACGGGCCAAAUUCAUUCCAGUUGUUACAGUGAAAGCUUGCCUGGACUUGCUGGUGAACUGGCUGCACCUGUACAUUGACAAUCAGGGCUCAGGGUCAAAAGCCUUUUGCGACGUUGCUCUCCAUGGUUCUUUCUAUGCCGCCUGCCAGGCUGUGUUCUACAUAGUUAUCUUUCGCCACAAGCAAAUCUUGGAUGGAAGCUUAAAGAGAGGUUUGUUAUUCCUGCAGAACUUAAACUUCGAACGUAUUGUUAUGUCGCAGUUGAACCCCCUGAAGAUUUGUUUGCCAUCCAUUGUGAAUUUCUUUGCUGCCCUUACCAGGAAAUACCAGAUUGCAUUCUGUGACACUAUCAUUGAGAGGAACAGGAGGCAGGUUUUGCCUGUUAUAAGAAGCAGCUGUGGAGGUGACGCCAUCGAAACAGUUACAAAUCCUCUGGACAGUUUUUUCCCUUUUGACCCUUAUGUUCUCAAAAGAACAAAGAAUAUAAUUAACCCCUUGUAUGAGUUCUGGGAGGAGCAGAGUGCUGAGGCUCUUGAGGAGACCACAGCUGUUAUUACUGAGAAUAAAUGCGAAGAGGACGAUGACUUCUUGAAGGGCGAAACUCCGCAGAACGAGGGCAUGAUGGGUAUGACACCAGGUUCCUUCGACUCCUCUCUGCAGAAUACAGAAAUGGGUGCAGGGUCCCCACCAGUUGCAUCUUUGCCACUUUGACUUUUCAAGAUCAAGAGAACUUUUUGGAUUGUCUCUAGACUGUUGAUUCUUCACCUAUUUGAACAGUGAAAUUGUAAAAAGGUGUUUGUAUCAUUUGAAAGGGCUGUGCCCUCUAUCUGCAUCAGAAAAGCUUUAGGGGAAAUCAUUUUAACAUUAUUUCUUUCCUGUGUUUCUGUGUGUUUGACCUAGAAUGGUUCUCCUAAUAUAUUAAAUAUAUCAAUAUGGAUCCAAAAAA